AAUGUUUAAAAAGAUUUCAAAAUCUUUAGAUUUAGAUUUAGAAAUUAGGAAUUUAUAACAUUAUAUAUUCGUAACACGACGUUUGCAUUUAGCUUGCUAUCUCAUUAGGAUCCGUCCAAUUUUUACUGGCAUGGACACGCCUAUCCCAAAAUUGUGUCAAAUCUGGUAACAUUGAUAUUGGUCUAUGCUCGCCAUGCUAAUUUUGGAUUCUGGGUACAGUGAUAACACCGGUUGUUUAUCAAUUUACUCUCCACACCUGGAUGGAGGAGGACUGGUUACAUCGCGUUCUUGGUGCUAACAGUAUUAUGAUUAUCUUUGCGUAUAAUUGAGAUAAUCAAACUACAAAUGCGAGUUUAAAGGAACUUCUCAAUACCAAUGGAUUAAAGUUAAACAAUCACUGUUUAACGUCCACCUGGCGCAAUGGUUUAUACUACUUCCGACUCCGUAGCUAUUUAAGGACAGUUUAUCCAGAGUGGGCAUCAACAAUUUCCUCCGCAGUCUUCGCUAUUGUCGGUGUGAACUGCCAACAAAGAAUGUCGUUGCAACGUACAUUUAGUUUAUUUCGAGCUUUGAGCAAAAACACUGGAGGAAGUAAAUUACAAGUUCGACAUACGACAAGGACACCUUCGGGUGCCAUUCUUCCAGAACCAAAAAGAAUACGCUUCGGUUAUGCGAGGGUUCUUUGCAUUCUUGCGGCUGGCGUAACUAUCGGAACUUACUUGAGCAUAAUGAUAGUCAAUUUCCUUGAGGAGAACGAUCUUUUUGUACCUUCUGACGACGACGAUGACGACGACUAGAUAUGUACCUUAAAUUUUAAUUCAUGUUAAACUAGUUAGAAUCUCUUUAGAAUCACUGUUUCGUUAUAUGCGUCUUCCUCUGACUUCCUGCAACUUUUGCAUCUAGCUCUCUACUGUUGAAUUGAAAACAUAUGACAAAUAAAUGACAAAGUUCUAAGCUAUAA